GUUCCUUUAAAAUGGAAGAGAUAUGUAAGCUUGAUUUAGCUGACGAACAAAGGAUGAAGCAGUCUGUGAAAAUGCAAGGGCCUUCUGCAUCUAUGGGUUUCAUGGGAGUUCUGUGUUUGGUGGCCUGUUUUACCUUUUCAUAUGGAGAAGCAGAAGUUCAGGGAACCCAAAUGCCUGAUUCCAGCUAUGCCAACAGAACGACAGAACAACAGACAGGUUGCGGGAACAAGUCGGAACACUGCAACUCUUUUUGCGUAUUUUGUGACUUAAGUUUUCGAGAGAGGAAUUUGUGCUACGAAUGGUUGAUUAAUCAAAUGUGCUUUGAGCCUUUCAAUAAGAGUAUGUCUACUUUGAACCCCAAAGAGUUCUGCCAGUGGAAUAGCAUAAAGAGCCCUUAUGAUAAAUUCACCAUAUGCACAGAGGAGAGAGCUGACUGCCUAUUAAUCCCCUGGCCCAACAAGCUGGUGGAGAGAAUGUUUGUGGAGAUCCACUCAAACUAUUUCAAGUCCUGUCCUACGCAAGAAUUGGAUGACCCUCCUCCUAGCAUUGUAUUCGCCCUGGUUAUGACCCCCAUCUGUCUCAUCCCGGUCAUGGUGGUGCUAGUGGUAAUGAAGACCAAAAAUGGAGAUCGUCGCACAUAACACCAGAUAGCAUCCAGUUUGGGCUGUCUUUCUGAUUCAAUUAUGGAUGCAACCGUGCCCAAAAAUAAUAACUUUUACACACCCAAAAAAAUCUGCCACCAGCAAGUCAAAUACGUUUAUGUCAUGUACUUUAUGUCAUAUGCUUUUAAGUAUCUGAGCCAUUAAUGGGGUGUGAUAUGACUUUGUGGUUAAGAAAUUGGACUUGUAAUUGGUUUUUGUUUAUAUGGAUGUUGUGUGUGUGUGUGUGUGUGUGUGUUGGGUCUGGCAGAAAUGUUGAUGGUUCUGUUCUAUGGCAUCUUGUAAGGCUUAAAAGUAGCACAGUAGCACAAAACAUGACUUGCUUUGCAGUGUAAAGUUAAUGAUAUAUGGAAAUAGUGAGUAUAAUGUAGCCAGAAACAUUGUGUUUGUGUUAUGAUUUCUCACCCAUGGGAAACUCCCUUUACUUGACCCUACCUCAAAUUUGGGGGUCUAAUGAAAAAGCAACCAUUUCCUAUCUACAAUACUUUUGCUAUUUGUUAAUUAUUCUAAUUAUUAAGCUAUAAUCUUCAUAUUUAUUGUAUUUUUUCUAUUUUAUUCAUUGUAAACAUGAGACAUUCAUUUAAGUAAUUCAGUUACCACUGUUUAGAGAUUGCACAAUUUGGUGUGAAUGUUUGCCUAGUUAAACACACCUGUGAAAUAGCUUCUGGAAUCAGAGAGUAAAGCUAAGGUUGCCACACUCAUUAAGGUAUACCAGUAGCAACUGCACUGAAUAAAAAUGGCUACCAUAGUUACUUCCAUUGGGAUUACUGUUGCGACAUAUAGGGCAUAAUCAAUUAUAUGUCCCCUUUCUUAACCGCUGUCAGUUGCUAUGUGACACUUUUCACAUGGUGGUCAUGUGGAGGAAUCACAAUACUUCAGAAACCACCCACAACACUGAAGGGGGCUCUAGUGGCACUUUGAUAAGGCACUACAGGGAAUAGUGUUUUAAACAAGGAAUAGGUUGCCUCAUGUAUGGCAGUCAUAAGGGAACAACAUCAAACCGCUUCAGAAUAUAGCCUUUACCUUGCUGUCAGCUGGUAAACACAGAAAAAUCCGCAUGCGUUUAUCAGGAAUCAGCUGAGCUGAUGAGGUUAAGCUUCAUUAAAGACUAGAGCUGUGGGUCCAUUUGCACUCUGUAGUUUUCACACUAGUAAGUAUUCACUCCUGUACUUUGCUCUGGAGAUAAUGUUCAUUCAUGGCUUGAAAUCUGAAGAUUUUAUGUGGGAAUUACUUGGAAAUUAUUAUAUUUUUUACAGAAACGAGCGUGGAUUGAUAUUCAGCCACAGAAAAGUAGUUAUAUUUUUUGACUGGCAGCUUUUGUCUUUGAAUGUCUCACUCUUGAUGGGAAGGCAGACAUGAGGCAGUUGCUUGGAUGAAACCGACUGGAAGCUUUGUGAAUUACUUCUUCUUUUUUUAAUAAGAAAGCAGUAUGAUGACACAGGGUUCAGAGAGGAUCUGUCAUAGUUUUGUUGUGGAAGACAAUCAGGGUGAGAUGCUGGGGACAAUAGCAGGAAUCAUAUUUGUCCAAAUGACUUUCCUGGCAUUGUCCGCACACUGGCUUCCUUCACAGCCAAAAGUGCUGACGUUCCUCUUUCCUUUUGUCAAAGUGCUGGUGGACGCAUGCUUGAAAGUUGAAUCAGGCAUUAGAUUUAAGCUUAAUUUGGAAUGAGACUCUAAGAGACUAAGUGGAUAUGGUGGACCUAGGACUGUAUACAAUUAAUAUUUGUUCUUAACACUGACUUCAAGAUUCAAGAAUUACAUCUUUUCUUCAACACCUCAGCCGUAGCUGGUUAGUUUUAGUGAUUGAUGAAUUCAGAAAACUGUGUUUGGGAAGAAAAAAAACAAAAACAAAUCAUGGAUGUAAUAAUUAUAAGUCAACGUUAUGGCCAAAUGUUGUUUGAAUUCAAGCCCUUAUCUUUUAAUGACAAUGAAGCAAAAACUGAAAAUGUAAAUCAAUAGGCAGUAUUAUGACAUGCUUAAAUUUUAGUUAUCUUUUAAGUGCUAAUGUAACAUUACAAAAUAAAUGAAGCAAAGUGUUUUUCUAAAUGCUGUUCAUGACAUUAAUGUUAAAAAUACUCAAAUGUUCAGUGCCUGGCUUUAAUUAAUGAUGUAUUAAUAUAUCAUGUAUCUUACUGUAUGUGAGAAAGUCCAAACUGUAUUGAAGUGCCUGUGAAACAGCUUUUAUACUUUAAUGUAUACAUAGCUGCUGCUCACCUCCAUUGUCAAUCCAUAUGAACAUAUAAAUAAAUUCUUCCAUUGCUGUA